UGGUAAAGGAUGGGCGUUAGAGGCAGUGACGCAUGGAUGCAGGGUUUCGAUUCGGAUGUGCCUGCAGAUCCGGGCGCGCGCGAGUCAGCCCUCCUCGCACGUGUACUUGGCGUGUUGGGUUGGGCCUUCCUUGGGCCGCAGCCGUUGCACCAGUUGCCCGUUGCAUCAAACAUCGUGUCUAGUCAAUUUUUAGUCCAAGAAACAUGGACGGCCCUGUGCAGCUUCAAACCAAACCCACCGCCUCGCUGUACUGUCGCCUCAUCCUUCCUUCUUCCACUCCAUGUGCUUCUCUCUGCGUCUUCCUCAACGGCCUCACCCUGCCGCAGGCCAGCUGGCGCGACACGGUUGACGCCCUGCGAGCACUCAGGCCCGGCCACGACUCCCUGCCCGCCAUCCUGACCUACGACCGCUACGGCCAGGGUGCUUCUGACCAUGACCCCAACGAUCCGCCGGAUGCGGAAAAAUCGGGCUACGGGCACGAUCCGCGUGCCGCCGUUGACGAUCUGCACCAACUCCUCGCGCAGAUCUGCCGCGAGCAUAUAGGGUCUAGCUUGGCUCAGACCACUCUUAUCUUCGUAUGCAACUCGAUCGGCUGCCCGCUGGCCCGCCUAUACGUUGCUCAAUAUGGCGAGGCCAACGUCGCCGGUCUCGUCUUCCUCGACUCCAUGAUUGCCAACACAGACUUCGUCUCUCUCUUCCCUGACCCUGACUCCAGUGACUUUGACCCCACCGAGGCCCUGCCUGCAGGCGUUGACGUUGAUGGCCUCCGACACGCUCGAAAAAUGUGUCAACUAAUAUUCCACCCUACGGUGCCCAACAAGGAGCGUUUGGACAGACGCAACAUGCGCCAGCUGCUUCCCCAUGCUGGAAGUCCGCAACUGAAGGGCGUCGACGGCAAGGGGCCUCAUUUGACAGUCGUAGGACACGAUCCAGACGUGUUCGCUGAACAGAGCCAAGGAACGCUCACGAUUCCGGUAGCUUUAACUACCGCCUACGUCGAGCCAGCCUGGAAAGAGUACAACCAAGGACUGGCCCAAAUCGUACCUGAUCUUUCACGUGUCAAAGGACCUCUUGUCGCUCCAAAGUCCGGUCACUUUGUCCAGAAAGACGCGCCUCAGUUCGUUGCCGAGAUUAUUAGUGAUUUGUUGGAUCGGAUUCAGCUUGACCAACAAAGCUGAAGGGGCUGUGUUCCUCGUAAGUUCGGGGAAAGAGAGUUACGAACGCACGAUUUACGAAGCCAAGUCGCGUUUUCCCUUUGGUCAGAGAUCA